UUCAAAUUUUUCUUCAAAAAAUUUUCGUGCCCACUCUGCAAAAAAUAAAUAUUUCUUCUUUCUAUUUCGCUUUUCAACUAAAAUAAUGGACGACCCCGUCUUUAAACAAAAAUACCAAAAGUACAAACUCCGAGUUAAAGUCUGGGAAAAGGAUUUUAAAAAGAAAUACAAUAGAAUCCCUUCGAAGUAUGAUAUUCGUGAUGCAUCGAAAGAUAUUCGGGAUUCAUAUAAAAUGUACUACAAACUUAAAACCUCAUUCCUCGAAGACACACUCAACGAUGUACUCUCCGAGGAUGGGUUUGAUAUUCUUGAAACGUCCCAAGGGGACGCCGAUGAAAGCAUGCAAGACAAUUCUAGUGGACCACAGCUUCCGCUGGAUAUAUCUACUAUUUCAAAUAUGAAUUCAUCGCUUAGUUUUUCAAAUCUGACUGAUCUCAAAUCUUCAACGCAGUUGAUAAAUGCAGUUAACCUAAACGAAGACCAUGUUAUCAAAGAGUUCGAGCCCGUUGAGGAGAACGAUCACAAUGCAAAAGCGUGGGGCAUAGGUGUGAGUAAAAAACCCGUAAAGGAAAUAUCCACCAGCCCAGUCCGCCAGGCUUUCAAGUCCAAUUUGAAUGCAAAACUUUUCAAGAGUUCAUCAUUUUCUAAAAGGAAUCCUCGAAAAUCUUUGGCAAGACCGAAUAAAGAGCUCUCACAGUCUUCGGUGGCCUCAAGUCAAUCGGAAACUCCGGAUCCUAUGGAACUACUUCCCGAUCUUGAGACCAUUCUUACUCAGCGAGCUAAAGAAUUGGCCAACAAGGAACCAAAUUACGAUGCGAUGUCCUCUGUGGGCCUUAAGAAACCUAAACACAUUCCUAUUCAGUUGGACAUCGGUUGGCUUAAUAGAAAUGCCACUGACGAUGGAAUUCCCUUCAUACCAACUGAUCAAAAGAGGGAUCCUGUUCCAUUGGGACUGAGUAAUAUAAAUGUCGCGCAAUUAAUUGCUCAGGAAAAUAAACACGAAUUGCCUACACUUGAUACACCUCUCAUACCAAAUGAAAUUGAAGAAGUCCCAAAACCAGAGGAAAGCAAAAAUGAUUCCGACUCCAUCGUGUCGAAUAGCGAAGAUGAAAAGGAAACACAAGAAUAUCGGCGCAUAGCGAAACGACGACGAGUUCUUACAACCAUCGACAAGAAUCAGCAGACUCCAGUUGCUGCUGCCCAAGAACCAAUAAAAGCUCUACCUAUUCCGUCUGAAGAACAUCCAAAAGAUCCAUGCGAGGAGGCUCCCAAGUCAGGAGAAGUGAGUCCAGUAGUUGCAAAGAAGAGGAGACGAAAAGAAAUCGAUUCAUCUGAAGAUGACGCAGAUGAAAAGCCCAAGCGAACCCGAAAGAAAACUACAGCUACAAAGAAGAAACCUACCGCAAAGAAGGAAGCAACUAAACCAACGGCAAAGGCAAAAGCAAAAAAAGUAGUUCCGAAGACGGCAGCUCCUCGAAAGCAAGCAACAAGAAUUUCAAAGAAACAACAAAAAGAACAAGAGGAACUCCUGGAAGCAGACCUCGACGGAAAAGCCCCAGAUCCCGAAGAGAUGAAGUAUACCCUUGCUCUAGAAACUAGAAAUCUAAGAUGUCUCCCUAGAGCGAAUGUUGACGAUCUUGAGCUGGCCAAUUCAGUGGCAGACGAUUAUAUUAACAAGAUCAGCCAUAAAAUAGGAGCACCCAAGGAACUUAAAGAGAAGCUAGCUCCAGUCAACGAAAAACGUGACGCAGCCAGACAAAAAUUAAGCGAAAAGAUAGCUUCUGGAAAACUAAAUGAAAACUUUGUUCGAAUCAAUAUCCAAAAGAAGGUUUUUUGUCGUGGUAAGAAAACAGUAAACUUCUCCAAAUACAAGAAGAAUCAAUGGAAACAGAAAAAGGCAGCCGCUUUGAUGGGUCCCAAAAUGAACAUGGGUGGAUGUGAUGGUGGCAUCUUGACGUGCUUCCAGUGUGGCCAACCGGGUCACUUCGCUCAGCAGUGCAAACUUAAAGGUGAUUCCCUGUUGCCAGCUUCUGUUGAAAUGGAGGAUGACUGUCCAUAUGUGACUCUGGAAGAAGCAGAGAAAAUGGCUAGUCAGAGUGCAGUGGCUGUGCAUAGCCGUAAUUUAGAUAAACUUCCAGAAGCUACAAACACACUCCUCUAUAGGCAAGAAGAAGAUGAAGAAGAAGAACAAGAAGACGAAGAUGAAGGUACUGUUGAUGGGGAGAUAAAAGAAGAAGAAGAAGACAUUGUCCAAGAAAUAUAUAAAGAAAUUCAAACUACAGAAGUGAAACCGAUUGAAGUCAAAACAUCAGUCCCAACAUCAUCGCCGCCUAAAGUGUACAUAGGCCACAAGAUCCCCCAGGAUUUCCUUGAGAAAGCUGGCCUACUCAACGCUCCCGAUGUUGUCUCUAAAUCCGGAGCUAUCUACGAGCUUAAUCCAGACGGAUCUGUCCCAGCAACAACAGAAGAAGUCUAUGAAGUGCUUCGCAUGUUUGGCCACACCGAAUUCCGCAAGGGUCAAGAUCGAGCCAUCAUGAGAAUUCUCUCAGGCCAAUCGACUUUGGUCACUCUUAGCACUGGCAGUGGAAAGUCCCUCUGCUAUCAACUGCCUGCCUAUUUGUACAGCCGCAAAAUGGGCUCCAUAACUUUGGUAAUUUCGCCAUUAGUCUCCCUGAUGGAGGAUCAAGUCCAUGGAGUUCCGCAUUUUCUACGAGCACACUGCUUGCAUACCAAUCAAACUCCACAGCAACGAUUGAAAAUUCUCGAAAUGAUCAACAAUGGAGAAGUUGAUAUAUUGUUGGUGUCCCCAGAGGCAGUGGUGGCUGGCGAAAAGUCAACAGGAUUCGGUUCGAUUUUAAGGAAAUUACCGCCCAUUGCAUUUGCAUGUAUUGAUGAGGCGCAUUGUGUGUCCCAAUGGAGUCAUAACUUUCGACCCAGCUAUCUGAUGAUUUGUAAGGUCUUGCAAAAGAAUCUCGGGGUAAAGACCGUGCUGGGAUUGACCGCAACAGCAACAUUGCCAACUAGGACGAGUAUUAUCAGACAUUUGGGGAUUCCCGAUGGUGAGAAGGGAAUCAUUAGUGAUAUUCCCCUUCCAGACAAUUUGAUAUUGUCCGUUUCAAAGGAUGCAAAUAGAGACGCAGCACUGAUAGGGUUGCUCUUGAGUAAAAGGUUCGACGCAUGCCAAUCGAUUAUCAUCUACUGCACCCGGCGUGAUGAAUGCGAACGCAUUGCUGGACAAAUAAGAACCUACAUGCAGGAUCGAAAAUCUGAUAAUGUUCCGGCGAGUGCAAAGAAACGUAAACGCGUCAAUUGGCAGGCAGAACCCUAUCACGCAGGUAUGCCAUCAUCACGUCGGCGCACGAUACAAAACGCUUUUAUGAAGAACGAGCUUCGCAUUGUCGUGGCCACAAUAGCCUUUGGUAUGGGUAUCAACAAACCGGACAUCCGUUCGGUCAUUCACUACAAUAUGCCUAGGAAUUUCGAGAGCUAUGUCCAAGAGAUCGGUCGUGCGGGACGCGAUGGUAAAAUAUCUCAUUGCCACUUGUUUCUGGAUUCCAAGGGUGGCGAUCAGAACGAGCUACGUCGACAUAUAUUUGCCAAUUCCAUUGAUAGACACGUGAUACGCAAAUUAUUGCAGAAAUUAUUUAUUCCUUGUUCGUGUGAUAAAAAUUUUAAAAAGAAUGAAUUCGUAAAUGAGCAUAAGGAUGAAAUCAAGGCGUCCCAAGACAUCGAUUGGGAUGAGGAUAUGUUUGACACCGAUGAUAAACCCAUAACAGAAGGAUUUUUGAAAUCAAGUGAUAAAAAACAACCGCGAAAAAGAAUCUGUCCAGGUCAUGAAAUUGGAAUUUCAAUUGAGAAAACUGUCCAAGCCUUGGACAUCCCAGAAGAGAACAUAUCAACACUUCUGUGCUAUUUGGAGUUGGAUUGUCGCUGGGGUAUAAAUGUGCUCAGCUCGGCUUAUAUAAUGUGCAAAGUUGUAUCUUAUGGAGGAGCCAAAUAUUUAAAACAUGCAGCUAAAGAUUGUCCUCCACUGGCAAUGGCCAUAGCCUUGCAGUUGAAAAACAAAACCUUCAAAGAGGACAGCAACACUAUUGAAUUUUCUGUGAUUGAUAUUGCUGCGGCAAUCGGAUGGAAUAGUGGAGUUGUUAAAUAUCAAUUGAAGAAUCUUGAAUGGAUAUCACAAAACGGCCUUCCAAAGAGAUCUCCAUUAACAGUUUCAUAUUUUGAUUUGGGCUUCAGAGUGAAAUCGCCUGGAGAUUUUACAUUGGACGAGAUAGAUGAAGCCCUCGAUUCUCUUUAUGGUCGUUCUGUGACACAAGAGAAGACACAGUUAAUUCAGCUACAAUAUGUAUUCCAAGGGCUCUCGUCGGUAUCCUAUAAAUCUUAUAUUCCCUGCACAACUGAAAAUUUCCCUGAAGAAAAUUCAGAAAAGUUAAAAGUGAUAAUUCGUGAUUAUUUCCAAAAUGAUUAUCCCAAAGAUUUGGUUCUUGAUGUUGAGGAAUCUAAUGUAACCGAUGAUGAAAUAAGUGGGGAUAUUUACUCAAUAAUAAAUAUGUAUCCGGAUAAUACAUUUACUGGAAGGAAUAUAGCUCGAAUCUUCCAUGGUAUAGCAAGUCCUAAUUUCCCAGCUGUUAUAUGGGGACGAUGUAAAUAUUGGAGAGCCCACUCAAAGACAGACUUUAAUAGAAUUGUUAAGCUAGCUAAUUUAAUUAUUGUUAAGAUGAGAACUUAGAGUUUUUAUAUAUGUUUAGAAUGUUGUUAGUGUAAAAUGUUUUAUAUACGAGAAAAC